GCAGCAAUUGAGGCAGAGCAGCAGCCCAUCAUUUGUUCGAUCCAAUUCCCAUCCUUCUUCCUCUCUGAUCCGGAGCGGCUGCAGCGUAGAGAUGGGGAGGCGUCACGGCGGCGGCGGCGGCGGCGGCGGCGGUCGUGGCCGUGGAGGCCGAGGCCGCGGAGGAGGCGAGGAGGAUGACUUGCAUCUGCACAAGGCCGCGCGGUCGGGAGAUUUGGCGGCGGCGGAGUCUCUGUGCGAGGCCAACCCUCUCGCCCUCAAUUCCAGAGAUCGCCUCUCUCGCACCCCACUCCAUUUGGCAGCAUGGGCUGGACAUGUUGAGCUUGUGAAGUGCCUUUGCAAGCACAAAGCUGAUGUUGGAGCUGCAGCUAUGGAUGACACCGCUGCGAUCCAUUUUGCCUCUCAGAAAGGCCAUGUAGAGGUUGUCCGUGAGCUGCUGGCAUCUGGUGCCUCUGUGAAAGCAAAGAACAGGAAAGGCUUCACUGCGUUGCACUUUGCUUCGCAGAACUCCCACCUGGAGCUUGUGAAGUAUUUAGUCAAGAAAGGUGCAGACAUCGCCGCAAAGACAAAAGGGGGUCAGACGGCUCUACAUGUUGCAGAGAAGGAUGAUGUUCGUGAUUUCCUGAAAGAAUGUGAGCAGUCAUUGAAGAAGGGAGGUGAGCUUCCAUCGGAGAAGAAGGAUGAUUCUGUGUCAACGAUUGCUGAGAAGCCUGACGAUGACAAGUCCUCGGGUGAGGCUACAAAAGACGAAGAUGAAGCGGGGUUUGGCGAGAAGAGGAAAAGCGAUGGCAUUGCUGCUGCACUGAGGUCACCGGAACUGAAAAAAGCCAAAGUUUCACUUGGGCAUCUAAUAAGUGCAAAUGACAUGGAGGAAGAGGAAGAAGCUGACUAGACUAAUGUAGGACGCGAGAAUGCAAUUUGAUGGCACCCUCUACGUUUUGUUAUAUAUCCUUUGUUCUCGUAUGGCAAGCUGGGAUGUGGACAGAACUGUAUGAGCGUGAUACUAACUGUGUUUCUUACUGAACUAGCAGUAAGUAUAACUGAUUACCAGCUUGAGUACUC